UUCCAUGUGACGACAGAUGAUGGAUGACAGCUGUGGGCUAAGAAUAAAAGAACCGUUGAUCUGCAACAGAACAUUUUGGAUUUCUUCUCUUUGGUCGAUUUGUCCUCAAAUUAAACAGAUAAAAUCUUAGCAAAGUAGCAGUUUACACAGUUAACCAGUCAAACAAAAAAAUAUGAAAAAAAAUAUCCAGCUACCAGAGUAAUCGACAGCAAUUUAUUGCUUUCACAGCUAAGCUAGCUAGCUAGUUAGCAAGCCCAGAGAGGAUCUCGACCAGACGUGUGACCAAGUAGUCACACCCUAAUCUGGGGAAACAUGAGUGAAAUGUAGACCAGAGUAAUGCAGCAUGUAGUAGGACUUUUGUCAUCGUGAAAGACAUUCACUUUUUUCAGAAUCUGGACAUGGCUGCCUCAUCAUCAUGCUACAGCCACAGCCGUCCGCGAGAUAGCGCUUGCCAGCCUGUCUGCUAAAUCAACUAGCUACAUCGGAGCUUGAAAACAAAUCGUUUUUUUUUGUUGCACAUAUAAUAUUGUGGUAUUAUGAAUUCACCCAUGUAUACAUUUGUCGCACGAGACGACAACAGUACUAUUUAUGCUGAAGUUUCCAAAAUUCUCGUCGCUACUGGACAAUGGAAGAGACUGAAAAAGGAUAAUCCCCGAUUCAAUUUGAUGUUGGGCGAACGGAACAGACUGCCAUUUGGACGGCUUGGUCAUGAGCCUGGACUGAUGCAACUGGUGAAUUAUUACAGAGGAGCAGACAAGUUGUGCCGCAAAGCAUCUUUAGUCAAGUUAAUCAAGACUAGCCCGGAGCUUCCAGAUCCCGGCAACUGGUUGCCUGAAUCGUACAUCAUCUAUCCUACUAACCUCAACACUCCCAUUGCGCCUGCAAAGAAUGGCAUAAGCCACCUGAAAAGUAACCCCAAGACGGAUGAAAGAGAAGUUUUCCUGGCCUCUUAUCACUCAAGGAAGGAAAGCGGAGAGGGAACAGUGUGGAUCGCCAAGUCAUCUGCUGGAGCAAAAGGUGCUGGAAUUUUGAUAUCCCACGAUGCAAAUCAAUUGCUGGAGUUCAUUGAUAAUCAAGGGCAGGUUCAUGUCAUUCAGAAGUACCUAGAAAGACCACUACUGUUGCAACCUGGAAACCGUAAAUUUGACAUCAGGAGCUGGGUGCUCGUGGACCAUCAGUACAACAUCUACCUUUACCGGGAGGGUGUGCUGCGGACGGCCUCGGAGCCCUACGACAGCUCCAACUUCCAGGACGUGACCAGCCACCUGACCAACCACUGCAUCCAGAAAGAGCUCUCACAGAACUAUGGCCGCUACGAGGAGGGCAACGAGAUGUUCUUCGACGAGUUCCGUCAGUACCUGCUGAGCACCCACAACAUAGUGCUGGAGACCAACAUUUUACCUCAGAUAAAGCAGAUUAUAAGGAGCUGUCUGACAUGCAUUGAGCCAGCCAUCAGCACUAAGCACCUGUCCUAUCAGAGCUUCCAGCUCUUCGGCUUUGACUUCAUGGUGGACGAGAGCUUCAAGGUGUGGCUGAUAGAGAUCAAUGGAGCUCCGGCCUGCGCACAGAAACUCUACCCGGAGCUAUGCCAAGGUAUCGUGGACGUAGCCAUCUCCAGUGUCUUCACACUGAACAACGAUUCCGAACCACGAUCAUCUUCCUCCUCCCCUGCUCCCUACUCUUCCUCCCCCUCAUUUUCUACUCUCACCUCAUCCUCCUGUUCCUCUCCGAAACUGAGAGGACCUCUCCACGUGGGCCCAUUCACCCGAUUGUAAGUCGCCCCCCCCCUGCUUCAGAAGUUCCACCCUCUGCUCUUCACUUCUAGACUUUUCUGAGAGGUCCCACAGGUCAGGAAGCUUGCCACCUCAUUGGUUCUUGUUUGAUUGACUGAAGAUUGAAUGUGGGUACCUUCUCGUAUGUGCUACCAGAUAUUCCUCUCUCAUACACCACAGUGGAAGGGCAUUUCAGAGGGAAACCUGGGCAGACAUGCAGGGUAUGAAUGUGGAGACUUGGUGAAUGUUUGGGUGGGUGAUGAUGAUGAAUGGGCGACAGACUGAUGACAGGUUUGGGGGUCCCAGAGCAAUGAGAGAAGCCCUUGUGUUCCAGUGCUGCCACUGAGGCUCCCCUAGACUGUGUCUGGACGACCUCUGAAGAUGGAGGGGAUGCUUUACUUAUUAUACAGACUUUAGUGCCUUACAUCGCCACCCAUACCCACUUAAAGAUGCAACCUGACGAUUUAGCAUAGCAUUUCUGCUACUGUGUGUGUUACGUGAGCCAGUGUAUUGUCCGUCAGGCAAGUGUGUGUGUAUGCGCGGUGUAGACUAUUUUUUUAUUUAAUUUUUUUAUUUGGAUUUAUCCACAAAAGUUAGCAUUCCUACAUCUUUGUUUCAUAUCAUGGUUAUUCACAAAGCCCCAGAGUUUUGUGUACUGCAUUUUUUUUUAAAGUAUUAUAGCAGAAAAUGGGAUGCAUCCAGUUUCUAUUUUAUUGCUAUGUAAAUUGUAUUAUAGCUAUUUGAUAGCUAUUAUUCUGCGCAUGCCGUGUAGUUUUAGCUCUUCGAUUUACGAGACCUUUUCUUUCCCAAGUUAAUUUAGUCAGUGGUGUUAAUUCACCCCUUGUAUAAGAGAAGAUUCGUAGACAGAUUACUUAUUUUUCUCUGUCGACAAAGAGCAUUUGUUGAAGGACUAGAGAAACCUUCCCUGUCCAACUGAGACUAGAUUUGCAACUUUCCAAACUAUUUUGAACCUGCUAUGGUUCUGCCAGUGAAACUGUUUGAAUUUGAAUCGGUCACCUUUAUUCUCCCAAGUACAUUUACAUAUAGGCCUACUUGGAAUUUGAUUUGGUGAAAUGGUGCUGCCACAGUAAACGGAAUAUAGACGAUAAACAUAUACAGAUGGAAUAUAUUGACAAGGAAUUUAUGAAUCCACGGACACUGUACACAGUUACGCACAGGGGAUCUCCGCUACAGCUGUAGAUCAGUUUGUUUGUCAUUUUAAGAGGGACUGCAUGUUGGUGUGGAUGCGUGUGUUAGUGUCUUAUGUCCUAAUGCAAGUAGGCCUACUCUCCCCUUUUGCCUCUAAUACUGAGAGUUCUUAACCAAGCACUUCCUUUAAAAUGGUCUCUUUCAUACCUUUUUGUUUACCUUCCCAAUAGGUCCAUGACACAUACCUGUUUGUCAAGAACUGCAUUGCAUUUUGACACCAGAUGUUUUGAAAUAGAUUUGCGUAGUUCCUCACCAAUUACUUUUGCAGAAAUGUUUGUUUAGUGCGUGUAUUAGUGAUGCUAGCUCAAAGAAAAUGUGUUUCUUGUUAGUUUUUGCUUGCUUACUUAAAACAUGUAGUGAACUUGAAUUAAACGUAGUAGCUUCAACCCCAGAAUUGACUUGAUGUCAAUGCAAGUUUUUUUAAACAUUUUUAAAGCAGCAAUCCAUAGCAGUGAAACUGCCACGUCCAUUUGCAAUCUUACAACAGACGUUACUUCAAACAACACUGUUUUUUUUUUCUCCCCCCUCGGACAUCAUUGCAUGCGCGAUAGAACAGCAGUACUGUGUGAUUUAAAAUAAAAAAUGCUGGAUGCUCCUUCAAAACAAUAACAAAUGCGCCUGAUCUCAGCUUUAAGUGUAUUUAUUUUUAAAGUGGUUUUAGACUACCAACAUUGUCGUUUUUAGGUUUUUAACACAGCUUCCAUGAUAAGUGGAGUUGUGAUACCUGCUUGCUAGAAAGUUGUUUUCCCUGCCCUUGUCUGUUUCUGCGUUUACACUGUGAUAUUCAAUGUAGAACACCUGACCACAUUCAGUUUACAGAUGCUUUGUAGCAUUAUACAUUUACAUUACAUUGUAGUCAUUUAGCAGACGCUCUUAUCCAGAGCGACUUACAGUAGUGAAUGCAUACAUUUUUUUUCUCCGUACUGGUCCCACGGGACCUGACUAUCACCCACAGUUAUCCCAUAGAUUAAGUUACCUUGUCCUAUGUUAAACUUUGUUUUAAGUAUGAGUUAGUCCCUUAACCACCAACUCUUUUCUUCAUUAUCACACAUUUUCAAAUAUUUUAGUUCAUGUUUUGAGUGAAACACUACUUAAGGGACAACAUUGAGACAUUUAAUCACUGUCUUUUUUUUUAUGUUUAAAGAUUGCUAUGAAGUAUGGUGUGAAUGACUGCUUGAAUAGUAUCUUUUUGAUAUGCACAUGGUCAAAGCAUACAAUGUUUAUGAAUUAUAAUCUAUUUGUGGUUAAACGUUCGGUUAGUUUGUAUAUCAGAGGGGCAAAAAAAGGUGUUUGUUUCUAGAUUGUUUUGCAAAAUAAAAAAGACCUCAACUGUAUUAUUCAACACAUUGCUUGGGAAAACAACCAAAGGAAAUGAUCAGUAUUAUUAUACAAAUUGGGGAAAUGUCUUUCCAUCAAAGGGAAGGGGUGCCUUAGUGGGAAUUGCCUCUUGAUGUUUGGAAGAAGCAAUAGACCUCCUGCAUAUAAAUGCACCUUUCAUUUGUUUGAGUGUAAAGAUGUAAAUUUGCCUAUUGCUAUUUGGCAUAUGUGUCUGUGUGACUGUUUAAUUGUUCAAUCUUUUGUGUUCAGUCUUUUGUAAGGUCUGGUUUUCCUCAUGCAGAGUUUCUUUGCACUGAACGUUUCCCAUUUUUAAUUACCUGCUCGGUAGGUUAUGAAUUAUUUCUUAUCAAUGAAAACGUGUUUGUAUGUUAAAAUCAAUCCCCCCCAGUAUUACUUCCCCAGCUAUGAAAUCUGUGGGUUUUAUGUAUUUCAAGUCCUUUAAAGUGCAAUCUGUAACUUCCUUUGAGUGUAUCAUGGCCAUGGGAGACAAAGAAGUUAUAGAUUGCAACAAUAAAUCAAUCAUUAUCAAACAUUUUCACUAAACCAAGGCAGACAAGAAUAAAUAAAUCGGUUGACACAACGGCAACAUUGGCACAUUGAAAUGUUAACCUCUCCAGUCAACAUGAUUUAACUGUACUGCGUUUAGUCAGAUGAAUGCCUAUGUUUCUUUUAGCUAAUGUUUAUCAAACUUUUGCAUGAAAACUGUCACAUUAUCAUGGAGAAUAAAAUGUCAUGUAUCGUU